CUCCCGACCGGGUCUGGGAAUCCGGCGACAUCGGGCUCAGGGCUUCGCGCACCGAACUGGGUGCCCUUGGAGGGCAGCCCAGCCCACAGGGCUACGGUGUGCCCGCGAGAUGGCUGAGCGCGCCCGCGGCGUCAGGUCUCUAGUGAUCCCCGAGAAGUUCCAGCACAUUCUGAGAGUGCUCAACACGAACAUUGACGGACGGCGGAAAAUAGCUUUUGCCAUCACAGCCAUCAAGGGUGUGGGUCGAAGAUAUGCUCAUGUAGUGCUGAGGAAAGCAGACAUUGACCUCACCAAGAGGGCUGGUGAGCUCACUGAAGAUGAGGUGGAGCGCGUGAUCACCAUCAUGCAGAAUCCUCGCCAAUACAAGAUUCCAGACUGGUUUCUUAACAGACAGAAGGAUGUAAAGGAUGGAAAAUAUAGCCAGGUUCUAGCCAACGGUUUAGACAAUAAGCUGCGAGAAGAUCUGGAGCGGCUGAAGAAGAUACGGGCACAUCGUGGGCUUCGACACUUCUGGGGGCUCCGUGUCCGAGGCCAGCACACCAAGACUACAGGACGCAGGGGUCGUACUGUGGGUGUGUCCAAGAAGAAAUAAACACUGGCCUUAUCCAUUAAUAAAUAGUUUAUAUCAAAAUUGUC